UCUUGAUUGGCCGUCUUGGCCGAAAUCCUCUUGAAUGGUUUCAAACCCGAGUGUUUGGACAAGGAGGAGGGGGGUCCGCUGCUAAUUCCGAGCUGGCUGGGUGGAAAGGCUUGAAUCCUCCGUCCACCGACGUACCACCUAAGUAGAAGAGGCUUAUCCGAGGAGCGUUGCUGACUGUUAGACGCGUUCAAGAGGGCACCGCCGGUAAAAAGAAAAAAAAAGUGGGCUUUCAUAGCAUAGGUGUCGUGUUUACUCGACCGCUCGCCAUAUUCGCGUAAAAUUAAGAUCAAAAUUUCAGUUUGUUGCGUUUUCCGUUUCCCAUCAUUUGAAUGGAGCGAUGUCCAGCGGAGACGGCGCACAUUGUGAUGGGACGCGGUGUGUUGUGCUGACAGGACUCGGCGGCAGGGACCAGGACCUGAUUGAAAAUCACUGGUAAUCAUUUUAAAAUCAUGUGUUUUCGUUGCUGACGGAAUGUGAAUACCAGCAGUUGUUUCCGAGAUUCAUAAAGGAUUUUCCUUUCAAAGAUUAGUGAGGGCAUUCAGUUCGUGCUGGGGUUGCCAUAGCAUCACAUUAAUAGUUUCCCUUUCAUUAUCGGCCUGUUGAAAAGGAGGGCAUAACGAUACUUUGAUAUUUUGGACCAUGUAUUCAUUUUUCAACAUAAUUCCGCAAUUGAGGGUUGGUUAAAUGAGUUUUGAGAGUUAAUUUUUAGCCACCUUUUUAAACGAACUGAGACUCAUAGCCAAGAUAGUCAUGGCUAAAAAUCCGUCCGAGGGACAGAAGGAUGACCUGAGCCAGCUGACGGACGAGGAGCUGCUGCGGACCAGCAAAGAGGAGCUGGUCAGGAGAUUAAGGAAGGUUGACAGUGAGAAAAUGAACUUGAUGAUCGAGCAUGGAAACAUGAUGAAAGACAUCAACCGGAGGCUGCAGGUGCACCUGCACGAAAUCAGGAACCUGAAGGAGAUUAACCAGAAGCUGCAGGACGACAACCAUGAGCUCCGGGAGCUUUGCUGCUUCCUGGACGACGACCGACAGAAGGGCAAAAAGCUGUCCCGAGAGUGGCAGCGCUUUGGCCGCUACACUGCCAGUGCCAUGUGGAAGGAGGUGGGCACCUACAUGAUGAAGCUGAAGGAGCUGGAGGCCAACCAGGAGACCGUGUUGAGGGAGAACUCUGAGCUGAAGGAGAUCAUCCUCAUGUUGGAUGAGGAGAGGAACGGAGCAGGGUCCAGGAGCUCCAUAGACAGUCAGUCCAGUUUGACCAACCUGAAUGGAGGCACCAGCACGGUCAGGGAUGUUGGGGACGGGAGUAGCACAUCUAGCACAGGUAGUGCUGGGAGCCCCGAUCACCACAAUCACAACCACAUACACAAGACCUCAGAGAACAGUAAGAUGGGCCCCACCAUGAGGAGGUCCAUGGAUGACCUGUCAGCACCGCACCACCACAGGAGCAUCCCAAAUGGACUUAAUGAUUCCUCCUCCAACUACAUCAGGCAACUGGAGACGAAAGUGCGGAUCCUGGAGGACGAUAACAAUAAGCUUCUCUCACAGGCUUAUAGCCGGUAUAGCUUAUCACAGAUACAGACGAAAAAGCAGUGUAACCCAGGUGACCUUCGUGCCCUGAGGAAGGGAAUGACCCUCUACCACUCAGAGUCCCAGCUGUCUUCGCUGCCCCAGCGCCAGGACGCCAUGCACAUGGGUACGGGUCGUCUCCCGACCAGCGAGUCCUCUCCCGCCACAGGCUACCUGUCCUGCGUCCAGAAGCCUGAGGCCGUGGUGCACGCCAUGAAGGUGCUGGAGGUCCACGAGAACCUGGACAAGCAGGUUCCUGAGGACUACGAGGACGAUCUCAGUGAGAAAGAGAAGGCCAUUGUGCGAGAGAUGUGCAACGUGGUGUGGAGAAAGCUGGGUGAUGCAGCAGGAUCAAAGCUGUCCAUCAGACAGCACCUCUCUGGGAACCAGUUCAAAGGGCCACUGUAGCAUGGCAACCAGCGAGAGAUG